AUGGCUUCUUUAAGUCCCGUUGAUGUUUUCUCUUCCUUUGAUAAACAAAAGAUACUAAAACUUGACGAGUAUUAUGAAGAUGAGUUCUCAAGUGCUGAUUUGUUAAGCCUUGAUGAUCAACUAGGGAACUAUAUUACUAAUAUGAGAAGAGAUGAUAGAUUUUGGGGAUUAAAUGAUCUUAGUGAACUCUCCAUGAAGUUAGUUGAAACAAAAAAGUGUCAAGUGUUCCAACAGGUUUAUUUGCUCAUAAAGUUGGUGAUGAUUCUUCCCGUGGAAACCGCAAGUGUGGAAAGAGCAUUUUCAUCAAUGAAUUAUGUGAAGAAUAAGUUACGAAAUAGCAUGGGUGAUCAAUUUUUAAACGAUUGUUUGGUUACUUUCAUAGAGAGAAACAUCUUCCUUGAAAUUAGUGAUGAUGAUAUCAUGAAGCGAUUUCAAGAAAUAAAAACUCGACGAGAACAAUUAUAA